AUGAGACAUUUUGCUAUUGGACAGGGUGGUGUUCUUGUCCUUGAAACAACAGCGUUAACAAUGUUUCAUCAGUGUGUUGUUUUAUAUCUCCAUCGUAUAAAAAAUCUCUUAUCAGUUAUUAGUUCUUCUGUUAAACAAGCUGAAAAUGCUGGAUAUGAGGCCCAAGAGACUCUUCAUACGACCCGACAAACCAAAUGGGAAUGGCCAGAAGCUUCCACCAUAGACGUGUCUCAGUUUUCUAUUACUCUUGUUGUUGAAGAUGGCUCUGGUAUAGAACUUGUCAUUGAGGUUGAUGUCCAUAUGAAGUUUGAAUCUGCAAAUCUGCUGAGGAAAGUCAUAUUUAACCUUUCCAGGAUGGCAAUCUUUUCUCGAGUCCAUCAAGAAUAUGUUGAAAAUGAAAAUCAAAUUCCUCCAUUUUCUUCUGUCACAUCAUUUGCAUCUCAUCUUGCACCUGGAGACAGGGUUUUGGCAUUUCAACACAUUGAUGGAAGUCAUCAGAGCAAAAUGUUGAAUAAUUUAGUUGCUUCUGUGUCAGUUGAAAAGCCUGAAAAUGGUCAUAUGUUAAAUCAGGUUUGGGUUGGCAUGGGUUCUAUUUCAGGUUUUGAUAUGACAAUAUCCUUGUCUGAAAUACAGAUGAUUUUAUCCAUUGUUUCAUCCUUCCCUUCUGCAUCCAACGAAGAGAAAAACAGUGACCUGAAACAAAGGCGCUUGUCCAGUAGUCAAGAAACUGGCAACAGUUUUAAAGCUAUGGUUCCUGAUGGAGCAAUUGUGGCAAUUCAAGAUGUGCAUCAACACUUGUACUUUGCUGUUGAAGGAAGGGAAAAUAAGUAUAAUUUGUUUGGUGUGAUUCAUCAUUCACUUGUUGGAGAGAAGGCGCUUUUUAGGGUCAAACACCAUAAGCAAAGAAUGUGGAAGUCGUCAGUUCUGUGGUUCUCCUUGAUUUCAUUGCAUGCUAAGAACAAUCUUGGCAAAGCAUUGCGAUUGAACUAUCAGUCUGGAUCAGGUUUUGUUGAGAUCUCCAAUGCUAAUGAUAGUGGUGGGUCACUCUGGAGAAUACUUCCUUGUGAGCCUGAAAGCUACAGGAGUGAUAUUGAUUGGGAACCAUACAAUAAGUUGGUUAAGGAUACUUUUUACCUGGUAAAUAAGAAGAGUGACUCUGCUGUUGCUUUUGUUGAUGGAGUUCCGUUGUUUGUUAGAAAGCCUGGACAUCAUUUCAAGUUUAAAGUGUUCCAUAACUUUGCUUUGGCUCGUGAUGUUGCAACAUCAGAUGGGUACUCUUUUGUGCCUUCUGGAAGUAAUCAGUCUCCUAGUACACAUGAGGAUGCAGGCAGAAUUUCUGGGCAGUGUGGAACUCUCCCUUGCAUUCAAAUUAAAAUCGACAAUGUUUCUCUGACCAUUGUCCAUGAACUUUUAGAUACAAGGGACAGGUUUCCACUUCUUCGUGGCUGCAUCAGUAAUACCGAACUUAAUCUCCAGAUUCUAUCUCAUAAAACCAGAGUUAUGAGCACAUCAAUUGCUUUGCUUUAUUACUUUGAUGCCCAAAGAAAUUCUUGGAGAGAACUUGUUCACCCUCUUGAAAUAUGUACAUUCUAUCGUUCAGUUUUCCAAAUUCAGGGUUCAGAAACUGUUCAGCAUGGAGCACCAGUUCAUUUCUAUUGCCGAAGUCAAGAGUUGGACAUAUCCCUAACUGAGCUCUCUUUGGACGUACUUCUUUUUGCAAUUGGGAAAUUACAAUUGGCUGGUCCAUUUUCUGUGAGAAGCUCCAUGAUUUUGGCCAACUGUUGCAAGGUGGAAAACCAAACAGGUUUGAGCCUUAUUUGUCACUUCUAUAACAAGAAAAGUGUGACAAUAGCCAGAAAACAGUCUGCUUCUGUUUUCUUAAGGCACCCAAUAUUAGCAAAUCAACCCCCAGAAAGCGAGUCGCAUGUCACAAUUCAACUUUCUGAUCGUGGAUCUUUUGCUACUUCCUCACUUGAUAUUUCUAUUAUAAAAACUCGAGCACUUGCUUGGAGAACGCGUAUAGUGUCACUUCAAGAUUCAAGAAAUUACCCUGGGCCAUUUGUGGUGGUUGACAUUUCAAGGAAAUCUGAGGAUGGUUUGUCAAUUGUGGUUUCUCCUUUAAUAAGAAUACAUAAUGAAACUGAAUUCUCCAUGGAACUACGGUUUCGACGAUCUCAACAAAAUGAAGAUGCGUUUGCUCCAAUGUUACUGAAGAAGGGGGCUUCUACUGAUGAUUUCAUGACAGCAUUUGAUGCUAUAGGUUCUUCUGGUGGAGUAAAGAAGGCAUUGAUGUCUUUAAAUGUUGGAAACUUCUUAUUUUCUUUUAGACCUGAAAUGACCGAUGAUUUGAUAAAUUCUAAGAGUCCGCUUUCGGCAGAAUGGUCAGAUGAGCUUAAAGGUGGAAAGGCUGUUCACCUUUCUGGAGUUUUUGAUAAACUAAGCUACAAAGUCCGCAAGGCGUUGUCUGUUGAAUCAAUUAAGUGUUCCUUUAGUACUGCUUGUUGUACCCUAAAAUCUGGAGAUGCACAUACUGGUAACCUGCAUUUUCUGAUUCAGAGCAUUGGAAGAGAUGUGCCUAUUAUACAACCUGAUAAAUCUAGUGGUAGUUCUGAAAAUAUAAGUUCGACAGUUGCAUUACGAGAGCAGAAGGAAAUUUUUCUACUUCCUACUGUAAGGGUGUCCAAUUUACUGCACUCUGAGAUACAUGUGCUUUUGACUGAGAAGGAUCUAUGUACUACUGUUGGUAGUGACAAUUUUGGCAAGCAGGCAGACAUACCCUGUGGAUCAACAGUUGACUUUUAUGCCAAUCCUGCUAUAUUAUAUUUUACUGUUACCUUAACUGCUUUUAGUACGAGCUGCAAACCAGUGAACAGUGUUGAUUGGGUCAAGAAGUUACUUAAGAACAAAAAUAAUGUCCAAUUUUUGGACAUUGAUAUGGAGUUUGGUGGUGGAAAGUAUUUUGCAUCCCUUAGAUUGUCUCGUGGGUACAAAGGCAUAUUAGAGAUGCGGCUUAAAUUGUUAGAGGACUCUGCAUCAGAGGCACCGUUAGACUUGGAUGCUCUAUCUGGCCUCACUGAGAUAAGCUUGGAAAAAGAAGAAGGGUCUGGAGUCAAAUGCAUUACAAAGUUUGGGGUUUCUUUGGGACCUUGUUCGAGUAAUGUGAUGGUUCCAUCACAGAUAGUGACUAUGUGCCCAAGACAUGUCGUAUUUAAUGAGUCAGAGGAAAUCAUCACUGUCCGUCAAUAUUAUUCAGAGAGGGACGAAGUGGCAAGCCUUGUCCAGAUUAACAGUAAACAGAGAACAGCACUGCUGCUUCGGAGUGGAAUUAGCAAGAGAAAAGAAUUCAGUAUAUUUGAGAAUCUCAUCAGGAAGCAUAGAAAUGAUGUUAAUACUUCAUUAGUAUAUAUCCAGUUUCAGCUGAAUAACCCUGAAUCUAGCUGGUCAGGGCCAGUUUGCAUUGUUUCAUUAGGACGUUUUUUCAUAAAAUUCAGAAAACAAUCAAAUCAAGUGCAAACAUUAGAAAACAGUGCACUAGAAUUUGCUGCUAUUCGUGUGGUUGAAGAAGGUUCUACUCUUGGUGUGCACUUCCACAAACCACCAAAUGUUACUCUGCCAUAUCGGAUUGAGAAUCACUUGCAUGAUGCAUCUCUCACUUUCUUUCAAAAGGAUUCAUCAGAGAGAGAGGUUCUUGGAUCUGCCUGUAGUGCUUACUAUGUCUGGGAUGAUUUGACUCGUCCACAUAAACUGGUUGUUCUAAUCAAUGAUCUACUACGUGAGAUUAAGUUGGAUAAGGUACGGGCUUGGAAAUCUUUUUUCAAAUCAACAAAACAUCGAGGCUUGGUAUCUCAUUCAAUUUCGCACAGACAAUCCAGAGACCAGAAAAACUACUUUGGUCAUUUAAACAGCAUGGAGAUUGUGAAUUGGGGGUAUGAAGUAUAUGCUGAGGGUACCACACGAGUUUUAAGGAUUUGUGAGUUUUCGGAUAGUCACAAGGGAGAUAGAUUGCCUCCGUUAUGUGCAAAGAUCCAAGUGAGAGUGUUUCAUUUUGCAAUCCAUUUUCUUGAACAGGGAAAACAGGAUUUUGAUGAGGUUGAGGAUCUCUCUUAUACGCCGCUUAUAGUUGCUAGGCUUGGAAAUAUCAGUGUGGACUCUGUGUUCACUGAUCAGAAGAAAUUUAACCAGAUCAGUGUGCAGUCAUUAAAUGUGGAUCAGAAGUGGGUAGGUUCUCCUUUUGCGGCAAUGCUUCGGAGACAUCAAUUAGACUUCAGUGACUCAAAUGCUUCUGUACUCCAAUUUGUCUGUGUCCUACUUUCAACCAGCUCCGAUGUUAGGCAAGUUGAAUACUCAUCCAUUGUUCUGCAGCCAAUUGAUUUGAAUCUUGAUGAGGAAACUUUAAUGAGAAUUGCCUCAUUUUGGCGUUCAUCUCUCAGCGACUCAAGUACUCCAAGUCGGCGAUAUUACUUUGAUCAUUUUGAGAUCCAUCCAAUAAAGAUUAUUGCUAACUUUCUUCCUGGGGACACUUAUUCAAGUUAUAAUUCAGCACAGGAAACCCUAAGGUCCUUACUGCAUAGUGUAGUAAAGGUUCCUCCCAUAAAAAAUAUGGUUGUUGAACUCAAUGGGGUCCUGGUUACUCAUGCUUUAAUAACCAUGCGUGAAUUGUUUAUCAGAUGUGCACAGCAUUAUUCAUGGUAUGCAAUGAGGGCCGUCUAUAUUGCAAAAGGAAGCCCUUUGCUUCCACCAGCUUUUGCAUCAGUAUUUGAUGAUUUGGCUUCGUCUUCUCUCGACGUCUUUUUUGAUCCUUCCCGUGGGUUGAUUAAUAUUCCAGGUACAUUCAAAUUCCUCAGUAAAUGUAUCAAUGCUAGAGGGUUCUCGGGGACAAAACGUUACUUUGGUGACCUGGAAAAAACUUUAAAAACAGUGGGAUCCAAUGUGCUGUUUGCCGCUACCACUGAAAUAUCAGACUCUGUUCUGAAGGGAGCAGAAACAAAUGGUUUUGAUGGAAUGGUGAGUGGUUUCCACCAAGGAAUUCUGAAAUUGGCUAUGGAACCAUCACUACUGGGGACUGCUUUAAUAGGAGGUGGCCCAGAUAGAAAGGUGAAGCUUGAUCGAAGUCCAGGCAUCGAUGAGUUGUAUGUCGAAGGAUACUUGCAAGCAAUGUUGGAUACAAUGUACAGACAAGAGUAUCUAAGAGUCAGAGUAAUUGACGAUCAGGUUUUCCUUAAAAACCUACCCCCAAAUAGUGCCCUCAUAGACGAGAUCAUGGAUCGUGUGAAGGGGUUCCUGGUAAGCAAGGGAUUGCUGAAAGGCGAUCCUUCAACAUCUUCUCGUCCCUUGCGUCAUCUUCAAGGAGAGAGCGAAUGGAAAAUUGGACCAACGGUGCGGACAUUGUGUGAACAUCUUUUUGUGAGCUUUGCAAUCCGCAUGUUGAGAAAGCAAACUGGAAAAGUAGUGGCCAAUAUUAGUUGGAAAAAAGAACCAGAAAGCAAAGAUGACAAAGCAAUUGUCCCUGCAGACCCCGGUGAACAGGAGCAGAAGACGUUGUCGGAUAACCUUCUGGCUCUGCCCAAGACGUAUAGGUCGAUCCUGAUGGAUCAGUUGCGCAAGUCAGUGCUGUCUUGGCAACGAAGAGCUAAGGUUAGCUUGGAGUUGAUCUCUGAGGACUGUUUGAAGCCGAAGUUGACAUUAGAAGGGUUCCAAACCAACCAAUAA